AUGCAUAACUUAGAUAAGCAUAAUUUAGACAUAGAUUUUGAUUUCCUAAAUUUAACACCACUAAAAAAAGAACACCAGCCAGAAAAAAUUCAUAAAGAAUUCAGAAGUCUUAACAUCCGGGGAAUGGUGGAUGACUUUUAUAGCACAUGUAUAGAUUGGCAUAAAGAAAAUAUAUUUUAUGUAGUAGAAGGAACAGUAUAUGCUUAUAAUUUCUAUAGUGAGAUUACUAAAAGUAUAUUCACCACUAAUAUUAGUAUUACAUCUGUAAAAUAUUGUAGUAAACAACAAUCAAUAGUGUGUGGAACAUCAUUAGGAACAGUGUUUUUUAUAGAUGAGAAUACAUUAAAGGUGACUAAAAAGUUAAUUCAUAAGUCAAGAAUAGGAGUGAUAAAAAAUUUCCAAAAUAGAGAAUAUUUUGAAUAUGCAAUAAUAACAGGCAGUAGAGAUAGAAAAACAAAGAUAAUUGACACGAGAAUAAAAGAACCAGCAAUGAUAUUUUCAUCACACACCCAAGAAGUGUGUGGAAUAGCACAGUCAAAUCUACUAGCAACAGGAGGAAAUGAUAAUAGAGCAUUUAUAUAUGAUUUGAGAACAACAAUCCCAUUUGGGAAAGUAAAUGAACAUAAAGCAGCAAUAAAAGCAAUAGACUGGACAAUAAAAGGAAACAAUCUAAUAACAGGAGGAGGGUCAGCAGAUAAAACAAUAAAAGUAUUUUCAAUAAAUAAAAAAGUAGAAAUGAUAAAAAAUAUACAAUUCACUAAUCAAGUAACUAAUUUGAAGUGUUUAUCAGACAAUUCAAUAAUUUGUACAUUCGGAUAUUCAGAUAACGACAUAAAGAUACUAAAGAAUUAUAAAGUAGAGAAAGUCUAUGAAGGACAUAAAAAUAGAGUAAUUCAUUUUGGAAUAAAUGAAGAUCAAAAGUAUAUUGCGACAGGAAGUGGAGAUUUUAAAAUAAAAUUUUGGAAAAUUGGAGAAGAAAAUGAUUUAAAGAAAAUAAAAUAA